CAAACCUGCUAAAUUGAUCAAAAAAUUCAUCAACCCGUCGCUGCUCCGAAAUUUUUGAACCACAAGGAUAUGACGACUAUGUCGGAAGAUGAACGGAAUGAGUUUGUCCGUAUGCGGAAGGAAUACUGGCGUCGAGUGGCCGAAUGCGAUGGUUUCGAUAUGGAGGGUGUAAUAAUACCAAGAGGAAUCGCUGGACUGUCGUACGCCAACUGUAAACACCGACAUUUUAGGCUUAAGGCUUCUUUACCCAAGAUUUAUGCUAUUGCGGGGCUUCAUCGUUACAACAUGCUCAAGGGGACAAAUUUCCAGUACUUUGACUUACUUAAAUACAGCAAGGCAGGGUACUGUGUGCGGUCUUUCUUCAUAACUUUGGCUGCAAUAGAUCCUUGCAGCCAAUUGCAGAAAACCUUUCAGGUUCGACUUGAUGAAAAGACCUAUGGAAAACUGGAUUUGACGAUCUCUAUUGCCAGACCUACCGAUGAAGAGAAAGUGACCACGAACAAGCGUUUCAGAGUUCACUUUCAUGGUGAAGCAGUGGCCGAUGCUUUCUACAAAGGUGCAUUGCCAGAUUGGCCCUCUGCUGAUGAGCUUAAUAAUCAAAAACGAUUUUACCUGGUGACUGAAUCAGACUUGCUAGCCAAUGACUGGAUUCGCUUGUAUUUGGAACUUACACUCUGUGUACGACAUAAGGGGACUUCAGAGAGAGAUCUGUCCAAAUUGCAGAUUCUGACAGUGGCUAUAGAAACUAAGGAAGAUGUGCAGCCGCCUAAUGCGCGACUCAAGGCCAAAAGUGCCAUUGUCUACAUCACGUUUAAGGGGUUGGCCGAGGCUGAGAUUGGUGAUGAGAUUGGCGAACAUGUUGAACGCAAAGCUAUUGUUAGAAGAGUCCUGGAUGAGUGUUCAGGGUACUUGACUCUCCGCGGUGGGUUUUCGAAUGGAGAAAAGCCUCUGCAUACUGCUGAGCAAACUGUGACUCUACCGAGUGGAGAAGAUCAAAAUUUGGAGAAUGACUGCAAGCGAUCCCGCUUAGACUAA